AUGAGAUUAGUUAUUAGAAACGACUAUGAUGAAGUAUCUGAAUGGGUUGCUCACUACAUCAAGGAACGCAUCAAUCAAUUCGAGCCAACCGAGGAACGCCCUUUCGUGCUAGGCUUGCCUACUGGAUCUUCACCCAUGAACGCUUACCGACGCCUUGCCGAAUUCGUCAAAGAGGGCAGGCUAUCAUUCAAGCAUGUUGUCACCUUCAACAUGGAUGAGUACGUUGGCAUCCCUCGCUCCCAUAAACAAUCUUACUAUUCAUUCAUGUGGACAAAUCUGUUUCAGCACAUCGACAUUCCUCCUGAAAACAUAAACUUUCUGGAUGGAAACGCACCCGAUUUGGAGGAGGAAUGCAGACGAUACGAGGCCGAAAUCUUAAAGCACGGUGGCAUAGAACUGUUCAUGUGCGGCAUUGGUCCAGACGGCCAUAUCGCAUUCAACGAGCCUGGCUCAUCACUGACAUCGCACACAAGAGUGAAGACAUUAGCGUACGAGACCAUCGUUGCCAAUGCGAGAUUUUUCGAAGGCGAUAUCACAAAGGUACCAAAAUUGGCGUUAACCGUUGGUGUAGCGACGGUGAUGGAUGCAAGAGAAGUAUGUAUCAUCAUCACGGGAGCACAUAGAAGUAUCGCAUUAUCAAAAUGUGUGGAGGAAGGCGUGAAUCACAUGUGGACGGUAUCUGCUAUUCAAAUGCAUCCAAAGGGGUUGAUUGUUUGCGACGAGGAUGCUACAUUGGAACUUCAUGUUAAAACUGUGAAAUACUUUAAAUCGAUUGAGCAUGUCCAUCAGUCGUUGAUUGGACAGGAAAACUUGGGUUUACAAGGCGAAUUACUAUCGACAAAGCGAGUACAAAGAUCAGAUAAGCUACAACGAGAGAUGAUGGUCAGAAAACUCAUGAACGACGAGCUGAAUAGCAGCCAUUACGACGAGGACUCGGAAUACGAGAACCUGCAUGGUGGCUCGUCCACUCACAGCCAAAAGAAGAGACGAGUUGCAAUGACGGAAUCGCCCUCCCCUUGA